AAAAAGUUUUAGGGUAUCUUUCAUAAUUAUGUUUGCGCUAAGCUUUUAAAGUUAGAGCUGAAAGCGUGCAUUGUUCAAAUAUGGCAACAGGUGGAUAUAAGGAACAUGAUGUCGCUACUUCAUCAGACGAGGACGCUGAUAUGGACCUGUCGGAAGCUUUAAUAAAACAGAAACUAAGAGCUUUGAUAGAGGAUGACAGAGUUGAUGAAGAAUCCGAAGAAUGGCAGUCAACCUCAAAAUCAGGAACUUUCAAAAAGUUACAUGAAAAUGAGAUAGCCAGUGUUUCGAAACCACGAGCUUCGGUAGCAUAUACGGAAGUUGGGAAAGAUCUUGAACAAUUGCAGUUAACCUCAAAAUCAGUCAAACCAUUUUUCAAAGCUACCCCGGCAAUGAAAGAGCAUAUAGCCAGAAGGCUAAUUAAGAGACAUGGAAUUGGACAACAAGAGGCACAAGCUGCUGCACAACAAAACGGGUGUGACAUAGAAAAAUGCCUUUCAUGGAUCGAAAAAAACAAAUACAACUUUUCCCUGAUUGAGGAAAAGUCAAAAGAAUAUGAGUACAGUUGCGGCAAAUUGUCGCAAUUGGAGAUGAUGGAAUGGAUAGUGCAUAGACUCACCAAUAUCUUUAAGUACGUGGGUUUGGAACAAGCAAAGGCAGCUGUACAAAAAAAAGGUUGUAGCAACUACAGAUCAUGCCAACAAGAAGUUCGUGUCAUUCAAGAGUUAGAAUCAGUACAAUUAGCAAAAGAGUAUGACAAUGCAUUAGAGGAACUGAAGGUAAAAGAAGCUUCAGAAGCGUCUGCUACAACAAAGUCAGGUGGCACAACCACAGUCGAAGAGCUCCAUUGCAAGUAUAGAUUUGAACUAAACUUAGCCCUACUUGCUGUAAAAUUGAUUGGCAGUGGUAAUGUUGAAAACUGUGUGGACUGGGCAAUAGAAAACCAAAACGAUCUUCAGCUGUGGUCAACAAAAGAUAAGGAAAUCAAACAAGUUUGUGAAUUGUACGGGAUACUUCGCUUUGUUUUCCACAUUCAAAAUGCUGAAGCGCCGAUUGAAGCAGUGGUUUAUGAUAAAACGAGACCAAAUGAGGAUUUGUCUGAAUUCUAUGAAGAAUGCAUGGAAUGGAUUGAAAAAGACAACCAACCAGAUGUCUUUGAUAUCUUACAUGAUACAUUCAUAUUAAGAAUUGGACGAAUGUUGGAAAAAAUGACCUCAAUUGAACUGAUAUUAUUAAGAUCAAUUAGCCUUGACCUUGCUGCAGCAGCUGUGGAAGCAACUUCAUCAACAGACAUUUCACACUGCAAUGAAUGGAUUGAGAGGAAUCGUGGAAAUCAAUCAAUAAUUGAGCAAAUGUCAGAAGCUAGUAAAGCAGCUCAUGCAAACUUCAGAAAAAUGGAAAUGGCUAAGCAGUUGGUCAUACAUCAAGGCAUUUCUCCCAUUGCAGCAAAGGCUGCUGUUCAAAGCCUUGAUGAGACAAAUGGAGAGAGCUGUUUGGAUUGGUUGAAAAAGAAUGAAACUGAUGAUGAUCUGGUCCAGAUGCUUUCAAAGAAGCUUGAUAAUGAGACAAGUGCUAUAUUGCGAAAAGCUGACCACAUGAUAUCAACAAGCCAGUUUUUCAGGUUCAAAUUUCGCCCUAGGAAGCGCAUUUUGGCGCAGAGAUUAUUAUCAGAUACAGAUGAUUCAUCCCCAAGCAUUUCAGAUGGUAAAGAAACACCGGAUAUUGGAAAAAGAGCUUCUAUGCAUGACACCAUCAAAGCCAAAGAAUCAAAGGUUCAAGGAGGCACAUCAGUUCACAAUAAAGAAAUGCUUCAAAUGCCAGACUUUGACUUUGUCAUGACUGGCGCAUUGGCUAAAAAUGAGGAACGAAACAUUAUGGCUGUCGAGACCACGACUAUUGACAUGAACGCUCCCGCACAUAAGGGGAAUGGAAAGUUUGACAUGAACGCUUUUGCAGAAGAAGUCAACCAAGAGUUCUCUAUUCAGUCACAUGUGAAUGCAUCUAACAUCAUCAAAAUAGACAAAAUGGGAGGAAAGGUUGAACUUUUUGGAUGUGUCAUCACUAUUCCAGAGGGAGCACUAGAAAAGGAGACAGAAAUUCGAAUGUUCUUAAGCAACAAUCCAGAAAGCUUUCCAAAAGAUGUUAUGCCAAUCUCCCCCAUUCUUGGUUGUAGACCAUCAAUUCAGUUUAACAAACCUGUAAAAGCCUCCAUGAGAACAUGGUACAGCACAUUGGAGAAUCAGGAGAUUCCUGCAAUGAUAUUCAGCAGAGAGGAUGAAAGCACAGAUUGGAAGAUAAUGCAGCACAUGACUUUGCGUGAUCGUAACAUAGUCGAAUUUGAAGUCAACCAUUUCUCAGAUGAUGUAGUCGCGAUAGCUGAAGACAAUGCGGGAGAUGGAAAGUACCAUCUUCUCAAUGAUGUCUACAUACAAAAAGAUACCGCUACCAUUGUUUCAGUUUUUCUUUGUGAUGUCAAAACCCAGAAUGAAGUGCCACAAAUUCUAGCAAAAAAGAAUUUUGUACAGCUCAUACCAAUCGGAAAGAAAUUCACAGCAAAAGUUGGAUCGGAAAUAAAAAUCAAUCUCAAUUGUAAAGAACCGCGAGAAACAGAUGUUUUCAAUAACGAUACAUCAUUCAGAGUCACAAAAGAAAUUCUAGAUAAUCUUCGUCAUGAAGUAUAUUUCUGGAUGGAACCAAGGCCACAACAAGCUGGAAUCAUUGACAUAAAAUAUUCCUUAAAGAUAGACAACACUGAAGAGGUGAUACCCCUGACGACUAUGUGGCCUAUUCUCGAUGUACCAGUUCCGGAAGCCAAACAGACCAAUGUGUACAAUAUUGCCGCCAAUGUGAUCAGUGCUGGAAAUGCAACAACCAGCAUCCAUAACCAAAGUUCCGUACAGAUGGCCACGACUUCAACACCAGUAGAUUCCAGUCAGGGAACUCCAGUUUGAUGCAUCUCGAGUGACCCGCAGUACUAUGUAGUUUUUAGUUGACGAUGUUAACAACAUUUUGACUGGAUAUUCAUUAUUUACAUUCAUCCUUUUCAGAAAGGCCUUUAGUUUUGGACUAGUAAUACCACAGGCUAUCAAUCCACAUAGAAAGGAUGAUGAGACAGAGGCAGUAUAUUUGCCUAUAAGUUGUGGGAAUGAUGUGCUAGUGGUUGUGGCAUAAAUAAGACUUGAUUCUGUGUCCCAUGUCAGGGUGUACUGAAAUGGGAAAGCAAUACGAAAGUGGGUAGACUACCAUUUUGACUUUGAUAUGAUGCGUCCCCAUAAUUGUAGAUAAGUUUUAACCGUAAACUUACCAUGUCGCUUGAGCAAAUGGUAGGCCACUUAUCAAUAUAAUGAGGUACGUUUGCUCGAUUUAUCUGUUACAUGAAUGUUCUAAAACCACUAAUAUCAAAAAUGUUAACUUUCGAAUUUAUCGACUAUGCUCACAAUUGAGGUCAUAACUAUAUUUUAACAUAUGGGUUUUCGUAUUUCCUGCAUAUGUGACUGAGCAACGUUUCUCUAUUACCUCAUACCGGAGUCCUGUAUAUGUUUGGGGCUUAUUUCAACUUUAUUCAUUUUUACAUAACUCGUGCUUUUAAAAUUAAAUGCCCAUUCAAACCGAGCAAGGUCCUCGAGAAGCAGCCACUAUGCUAUGUUAGGAGCUGCUUUACUUAAUAGUGAUAGAAGAUGGAAUUCUUCCAGUCCGUUGUCCAACUAGGGUGUAAGGAUGACUUUAAUGACAUUCCCUGCCAACAUACCAGUAGUUCAUUUUAAAACUAUAACCUAGGUCAUAUCACCCACUGUCAAUAAUGUCACUAAUGCAAUUAUGUCAAAUACUGCUGCAAAAAUUACUACAUGCCAAUCACUGUUUUAUUAAUUGAUUUUAAAUUUCAUAAUUCUCAUUCCUUGUUAAUAUUUUUGAUGUUUUAUUAUUCUCCAGUUGUCAGAGCUGAACAUUUGAAUAACUGUGGUUUGAGAGCUUCAGGAGUAUGUGUACUGGGUUAGGGUUUAGGUUGUGCGACAUCUUGGUGCACAUACUUCUGGAGCACCGUUGUAUGUACUUCAUUUAUAUUACCAUUCUCAUUCUUCAAUAACAUGUUAGCAAAUUUAAUUCACUGUUAUGUGUUCUUUCUUAAUCUAUUCAUAUUACCAUAUUUUAUGCAAUUUUGUACUUUCAAUCCCAUGUCCCAGUUGUCAGAGCUGAAC